AUGGAGCUUGAAGGAGCAUUUGAUGUAGCGAUGUCGGCUGAAGAGUCUGAGAUAAUUGCCCACCUGCUAGGUGGUCAGCAAUUUCCAAAUGAGCCUGAUCAAGACCCGAGCAUCGGAAUGCCACCGAUGUUUUGGCCCGGCCAUAGUUCUGAUCUGUAUUACUGUUCGGACUUCGAAACUAAUGACAACCCAUACUGUGUGUCUCAAGGGAGUAGCAGCACUAGUACUAGUAGUUUCUCUGUUCCCCUUGCUAACAAUGUAGGCUGCUGCUUUAGUAAUUCUAAUGCUGUGCCGCAGAUCAGCACUUGCUCCACCCCAAUGGAUUUUAGCAUUGGGGAAGAGCAGAUUAUUGCGCGAUCCAUUCCAGCUGUUUCCUAUCAUCAAUCCAGUGAGCCAAUUUGCACGGCCGAGGAGAAAGGCGGCGAUGAAUUCAGAGGCUCAAAGGAGAAAUUAUCAGUGCCUGUUGUUCCUCCUCAUCAGACCUCACGAGACAUAAAGAAAAGGUUCCAUGCAGGUGAUGCUGAACAGCCCAUGACAAAUGGGAGAUGUGGCACCUCUGUUGGAUGUCCUAAGAAGAAGGCUCGGGCCUCGGCACCGGUACCUAAGAAGGUGAAGAAUGCUCAGUCUAGGAAGGCCAAGACUGACAGUACUGGCAAUGAAGAAGAGAACAAUGCUGACUUAAAUGUGCAGAGCUCCAUCUACUACAUCUCAGAGGAGGAUUCAAAUGCCUCCCAGGAGCUGAAUGGAGAAGGCGGGGCAACAUCUAGCUCCAAAGGAGGAACUCUGAGUACAAGUGGGAGAAGAAAAAAUGGUCGGAGAUCGGCGACCGAUCCCCAGAGCCUCUGUGCAAGGGUAGACAUUAGCACAAUGCUUGAAGAAGCAGUUCAGUAUGUGAAGUUUCUACAGCUCCAAAUUAAGCUUCUGAGCUCAGUUGAGCUGUGGAUGUACGCUCCAAUUGCUUACAAUGGGAUUAACAUUGGACUUGACCUAAAGAUUUCUCCACCUCAACAGUAA